AUGGCGGAAGGAGAAGAAGUGAGAAACAAACAGGUGUUAUUGAAAGACUACAUAAGUGGGUUCCCAAAAGAGAGUGAUAUGUAUAUAAGCACAGAUAAGACUAUACGCUUGAAGGUACCACAAGGUUGUAAUGGUGUUUUGGUGAAGAAUCUCUAUUUGUCGUGUGACACUUACAAAGGACUUUUAAUGCAAAAAGUAGAAUUCCCAAGUGUCUUCACUUCCUUCACCCCUGGUUCUGUGAUAACUGGGGAAGGAGUAGCAAAAGUUUUGGAUUCAGGACACCCCAACUUCAAGAAGGGUGACUUGGUUUGGGGGAUAACUGGAUGGGAAGAGUACAGUCUCAUCACUGCACCUGAUUCCAUUUUCAAAAUUGAACAUACUGAUGUACCUCUUUCAUACUAUGCAGGAGUUCUGGGCAUGCAUGGAAUGACUGCUUAUGUUGGUUUUUAUGAGAUUGGUACUCCUAAGAAAGGAGAAUAUGUAUUUGUCUCUACAGCAUCUGGUGUAGUUGGUCAGCUUGUUGGGCAGUUUGCGAAGUUGAUGGGGUGCUAUGUUGUUGGAAGUGCUGGAAGUAAAGGAAAGGUUGAUUUGUUGAAGAACAAGUUUGGGUUUGAUGAGUAUUUCAAUUACAAGGAAGAGCAUGACUUGGAUGCAGCUCUGAAAAGGUACAGUCCUGAAGGUAUUGACAUUUACUUUGACAAUGUUGGGGGGGAAAUGUUGGAUGCGGCGCUCCUCAACAUGAGGAAGCAUGGCAGGAUUGUUGUUUGCGGACAGACUUCACAAUACAAUGUUGAUAAACCCGAAGGAGUAAAAAAUUUGAUGUGCCUCAUCUACAUGCAAGUGCGUAUGGAAGGAUUUGUAGUGUACGAUUACUAUCCCCAAUAUUCCAAGUUCUUGGAUAUUGUUCUGCCUUGUAUUAGAGAAGGGAAGAUAACAUAUGUGGAAGACAUUGUUGAAGGCCUUGAGAAUGGUCCUGCAGCUUUUGUAGGACUUUUUAGUGGCCGCAACGUCGGAAAACAAUUAGUUGUAGUUGCUCAUGAAUGA